GCCCUGCGGUGUCCGACUUCCGGCGUGGGCGCGGGUGGGCACACGCGGCCGCCUUCUGGUUGACUUUGCGGAGCUAUGGAGGGUGGCUUCGGCUCGGAUUUCGGGAGCUCCGGCGGCGGGAAGCUGGACCCCGGGCUUAUCAUGGAGCAGGUGAAGGUGCAGAUCGCCGUGGCCAACGCGCAAGAGCUGCUGCAGAGGAUGACGGACAAGUGCUUCCGGAAGUGCAUCGGGAAGCCGGGGGGCUCCCUGGACAAUUCAGAGCAGGGGACGCGGGUUCGGGCCCUGGUCUGGGAGGAUCCCACAUGCCGCGGAGCGACUGGGCCCAUGAGCCACAAUUACUGAGCCUGCGCGUCUGGAGCCUGUGCUCCGCAACAAGAGAGGCCGCGAUAGUGAGAGGCCCACGCACCUCGAUGAAGAAUGGCCCCCACUUGCCGCAGCUGGAGAAAGCCCUCGCACAGAAACGAAGACCCAGCACAGCCAUAGAUAGAUAAAUAAAUAAAAUAUUUAAAAAAAAAACUUAAAAAAAAAAUUAUCAGAUGCUUUUUUCUGUGAUUUUGACAAUGGUCCUGCUUCUCCCCUUCAGUGUACUAAUGCAGUGAAUAGCAUUAAUGGAUUGUCCUGUGUGGAGCCAAACUUUUUAUGACAUCAACUCACUUUGGUUGUGAUGUAUUUCCCUUAUAAUAAAUACCCUGCUGGCUUGAAUUUGCUAAUAUUUUAUUAAGGGUUUUUUCAUCUAUGCUUCUAAGUAAGACUGGCCUAUGCA